UCCACUCUGUUUGCGUUCACUUUGAACCCAUCUGACGCCUUGAAAUUCCUGCGCGCCCUGAAAUACCCACGGCACGUCUCGCGAGCUCGUGGGUUUCUGCUCGGUUGCGCGUUACCGGUUACGACAGCAGUGUAAACAGUCAUGGCAGCUCUGCGCAGGCUUGUCCCGUCGCUCGGCUCCAAAGCACGAGCGUUUGCGGCGCGCGGGGCGCCGCCGGCGGCUCCGGCCAAAGCGUUGAAGGUCAUCGUUGCGGGAGCGUGCGUCACUGCCGCGGCCGCAGCCGCCUAUUACCGCAGCGGCGGGGAGGGCCGCGUCGGCGAGCGGCUCCCGCAUCUGGGGCUGCCGUCCGUGUCCGCCUCCGACAAGGCGUCGUCCCACGAAGACAGGUUUCGGCUGUUCAGCUCCGUGGAGUUUGAAGGGCAGCUCUACAUGACUCCGCUGAACUUUAUUGAGUCGGUGACUCUGAACCAACCCAGAAGCAAGAAAGGAUGGAAGAGUCUCACAAAAAAGGAGUUAGACAAGAUUCUGUCGGAUACACCGCCUGUUUGGAAUGGAUCAUCCAAUUUGUUCAGGAACCUUCGGGAAAGAGGUGUCAUCAGUUACACCGAGUACCUCUUCCUGCUCUGCAUUCUGACAAAGCCUCACGCCGGCUUCCGGAUCGCUUUCAACAUGUUUGAUGCAGACGGGAACGAAAUGGUGGAUAAAUGGGAGUUCUUGGUGUUAGAAGAGAUUUUCCGCAAGAAAAAGGACAGAAAAGAGGUCAACGAGGACUCUCAAAAACUGGACCAACAAAGCCUGGAGCUUUACGGUCAUCGCCAAUCUCAGCCGCACAGUGUGCUUAGAAAAGACGGUCAGCAUGUGGCGGCCCCCGGCAUGUGGGAUGUUCUGAGGCGGGGCGCGAGUCAAGUUCUGUUUUCUGAUCUCUCCGAGGUCGGGGAUGACAAAACAGAGACAACGCUGCUGGUUCAUUUUUUUGGCAAAAAGGGAAAAGCUGAGUUGAAGUUUGAGGACUUUUACAAAUUCAUGGACAACCUGCAGACGGAGGUGCUUGAGAUCGAGUUCCUCUCCUUCUCCAAAGGCAUGCCCACCAUCAGCGAAGAAGACUUUGCUCGCAUUCUUCUUCGCUACACAAACGUGGACGACGUCACGGGGUAUCUGGAAAACGUGCGUCACAGCAUUCCAGAUGAGAAGGGAAUCACUUUUGAGGAGUUCAGAUCCUUUUUCCAGUUCCUGAACAACCUGGAGGACUUCACCAUCGCCAUGAAAAUGUAUAACUUCGCCAACCGCUCUGUUGGUCAAGAGGAGUUCACUCGAGCCGUCUACGUCGCCACGGGGAUCAAGUUGACCCGUCACCUGGUCAACACCGUCUUCAAGAUCUUCGACGAAGACCACGACGACAAACUGAGCUACAAGGAGUUUGUGGGUGUCAUGAAGGACAGGCUGCACCGAGGCCACGGGGGUCUCAGAGUGGAGGAAAAGUUCACUUCGUUCAAGUCCUGCAUGAAGAAAGAGCUUUCAAGCAAAUAGGUGAAGGCUGGACGUCUGCGUCUGCUCCGAGCGCAGACGGGUGAACGCAUGCUGCAGCCUCUGACAGAGCCCAUGUAUGGAAAGCUGUUACGUCCAAAAAACCUGAGUGACCCACUUGGUGACAGCUGCACUGAUUACCUAAAUCUUCUUAAAAAAAGACCUUUAACUUUACAUUUUUGUGACUUUAUUUAUUUUCCUUUAACAUCCUAAAGUGUGAUUCUAUUUUAUUUAAAUAUUCAUGCAUUUAUUUAUUCAGAACUUCCUUUAUAACUUAAGAAGUGUAAGAAAAAAGCAGUUUUCUGCUUCCUCCAUUCACAUUCAUCUGGCUUUUUCACUGUUUAACCACGGGCAGCUAACAAUGUUAAUCAUUUCUUGGCUGCUGCAGCGAAGUGCUAUUAUGCCACUGGCAGGGAUGACCUCUUUACAAAUGAACACUCCCAAUAAUGAAGCCAUAUGUUUGUUUCUGUCCUGAAACACUGAGAUUAAGCUGCUUUUGAACACUUCAUCUAAUAGAUGGAUGAGGACGAAAUGAUGCUUUCCACAAAGAAAAAAAAAGCUCCAGUUUGACUUGCAGAGAGCAUCUAAAGACAGUUUAAAGUGUAACAUUUGGAGUAAAGUCUACCUCCUUUCUGAAUCAGAAUCAUCUGAGUGUAAAAGCAUUUAAAACACAAUAAACACAAAACGUUUGUUGUA